CAACGGAGGGGACGACACCUUCAAAGACCAGCCCUUCCUCCUUAGAAGUGCCGAAGACUAUCGAGAAGCUUUGCAGAGCGUCCACAGAGCGGACUUUGGAUUGAGUGGAGAAGGACAUUCGCGGGCCGUCCAGACUGUAGACCCGAAAUAGAUCAACACCUAGAAUGGCCACCGCAAGCACUUCUGGACAAAGCCCCUUUGGGCUGGGCAGGAAGAAGAGGGCCCCUGGUAUCCUGGACCAGAUUGGCAAUUUCUUUGGGGGGGACAAAAAGAGAAAGGGAAAGGGCUCAUUUCGUGGUCACCUCUCCUCCUCUCCACAGAGACCCCAUCACUCCUCAACCCGUCGCCGUGGAGAUGUUAACCCCGUUGUGCAUUUCUUCAGGAGCUUUGUGUCCUCUCCUCGUCCCAAGUCAAGGUGGAGAGAACUAUUGGGCCUGGCUUCCCCGUCACAGAGUGGCUCGGAGAGCAUUAGAUCCCCUCAGAGACGCAGAAGAGAACAGAAUACACUCUCCAGAAUCUUCAACCUGGGAGAAAGCAGAUCUCGCUCUCCACCCAAACGCUGGAGCACCAUCUUCUGAGCCCUUCUCCGACCAGAAAAACACCAAGAUGGAAGAGAGUGAAAGAGAUGAGGAGCGAAAACCAGAAAGGGAUGAUCUCUGCCCUACAGAUUCACAA